CGGAGAGAACGAUGGUGGACGGAGGCGAUGGUAAUGGAGAGAGGAUGGCGGAGGGACGCGAGUCCGGCUGUGACGCGACGAUGGCGGAUGGACGCGAGUCCGGCUGUGACGAGGUAAUCGAAGAAAAUAAUGUUGUUAAUGAGUUGGCUAAUUGUGGUUGGAAGCCAAAAUUGGGCAUGUCAUUUGACUCUGAACAAGCUGCAUAUGAUUUUUAUAAUACCUAUGGCGGAAAGGUGGGCUUUAGUAUUAAGAAGCUAUAUGCACACAAGAACAAACAUACUAAGGAAAUAACUUCACGGACUUUUGUAUGUUACAAAGAGGGAACUCGGGGUAUUGACAAGCGAGAUCCACUAGUAAAAUUUCCGAGACAAGAGGUGAGGUGUGGUUGUCGUGCUCGAUUUAGUAUCAAGUUAGAUAGAAAUUUAGGAAAAUAUGUUGCCAUUGAUUUUGUUGAACAUCAUAAUCAUGAUCUUGUGCCUCAAGAGUGCAUUCAUAUGUUGCCAUCCCAAAGAAAAAUAUCUACCACCCAAGCAAUUGAAGUAGAAUUGGCUGCAGAAUCUGGAAUUCCUCUUAGGUCUGCUUAUGAGCUAUUUGGUAGGGAAUCUGGUGGAAGAGCAUCACUUGGCUUCACCAAAUUGGACCAAAAAAAUUACUUGAGAUCGAAGAGACAAAAAGAUUUGGAAUAUGGAGAAGCGGGUAGUGUGUUGCAAUACUUUCGUAAGAAAAGUUUAGAAAAUCCAUCCUUUUAUUAUGCAGUCCAAUUAGAUUGUGAAGAGCAAAUAAGUAACAUAUUUUGGGCGGAUGCACAAAUGAUAAUGGACUAUGCUCAAUUUGGUGAUGUAGUGACCUUUGACACUACUUACAAAUUAAAUAAUGAACAUAGACCUUUUGAAACCUUUGUUGGAUUUAAUCAUCAUCGAGAAACUGUUGUAUUCGGUGCAGCAUUGAUGCAUGAUGAGACUGCCGAAUCAUUCACAUGGUUGUUUCAGAUUUUUUUGGAGGAUUAUCUCAAUUGUGAUCAUAACUUGAUGGAAUUUUUCAAGCAUUUUGAGAGGGUGCUCUAUGACAAAAGGUAUAAAGAAUUGGAAGCCGAGUAUAAUUUGUGUCAAAAAUUGCCAAGGGUUGCCAUUCCAACUGUGAUGUUAAAGCAAAUGGCAGAUAUUUACACCAAAACAAUUUUUGAGGAAUUCCAAAAUGAGUACGUGCAGUCCAUUGAAGCGUCCAUUGUAGGCACUAUUCAUGAUGUUGCAAGAAGUUUGAAGUGA